AUGUCGAACGUCGCACAACCGAAAGACGACAGAUUGGUCCGAUGGGCCGGGAGGAACUAUGCACGGUUUGCAGUAGAGAACAACGUAUCUGUGGUCCCCGUCGACGAGCCGGAAGAGGUCAACUUUGACGAAGUUCACGGCAUUUUUGAAGAGCUUUUCGGGCGUAUCAUCCUCCCUGACUACCCGAUCGAUGACAUCGAUGAGCCCGCGGUUCUGGACUGCGGGUUCGGAAAGGGGCAGUGGCUCGAAGGCAUCUUGGAUUAUACCAAAAGCGACGCGUGGUGCGUGGGUGUCGACAUCUACACCGGCCAGGGGAAUAGCGAGGAAGGCAGCGACGACGAAGACGAUGAAGACGAAGAAUUGGUCCAGUUCGAAAAGAAGAGGUGGAACCUUAACGUCUCCUUCAGAACGAGCCGCGACCCUGACCUUCGCCCCGAAACAUAUCACCUUAUAAACAGCCGAGUCCUGACCGAUGGAAUCAACUCAAGCCGCUGGCCGGACUAUGUCAAGGAGCUCAAGAGCCUGUUGAAACCCGGAGGCUGGCUGCAGAUGGUAGAAGUGCAUUGCCUGUUCCAGUCGGACAGUGGACAGACUGCGCACUACUUGGAACGAUGGUGGCAGUACUAUCAGGAUACCAUGAACAGGAUGGGGAAGGAUCCUAGGGUAGGCUCCAAACUAGGGAGCUUGAUGAGAGAUGCUGGCUUCGAGCGAAUUCAAUACUCAGUCGAAAGGUUGCCGAUUGGCAGGUGGAUGACAGUCCCUGGAAGACCCAACUUAGGUAAAAAUGCCCGGGAGACCGUUACCAAGAUGAUUAGAUCGACCACGCUCUGGCCUUUUAGGCAGAGGGCGAACCCGUGCCUGACCGAAGCCCAAUACGAAGGUCUCCUUCAGGGCGCCGAAAGAGAGCUGCAACAGGAUAGCCUCAAGCUUUACUUGAAUGUGCACUUCGCCUAUGGUCGAAGACCGCGCUCUCGAAGGCGAUGA